CAUUCGGUCGGCAGUAGCGUCGGCAGAGACCCACGGGCUGCCACGGGCCUAUUACGGCACAAACAGCUUUGCCUCUAUUUUGCAACGCCUGCAAACGCACCGUAAUCGCUGUGGUAUAUUAGCUUGAUUGCGUGUAUGGAGCGGUGUUCAAAGAUGGCGGCGGUCCUGCCCAAACAAAAGGGGCUGUUGCUACUGCUACUGCUGCUGGGGCUCACGCCGGCGGCGGCCGCGGCUCUCGCUGGGAUUUCGGGUGUGCCUGGCAAAGCGGCCCUCACCGCCGCCGCCACCUCCAGCGCCGCCACCACCACCACCACCACCACCGUCGCCUACCUCACCUCCGCUUCCUCCUCCCCCGCCCCCGCCUCCACCACCCCGACCGUCAUCACCACCGCCGCAGCCACUGCCGCCACCAUCGCCCACACAACGGCCCUCACCACCCCCGCCACCCCCGCCACCUCCAGCGCCGCCACCUCCACCACCACCACCGCCUCCGCCUCCGCCUCCGCCUCCGCCUCCGCCUCCGCCUCCGCCUCCGCCUCCGCCUCCGCCUCCGCCUCCGCCUCCGCCUCCGCCUCCGCCUCCGCCUCCGCCUCCGCCUCCGCCUCCGCCUCCGCCUCCGCCUCCGCCUCCGCCUCCGCCUCCGCCUCCGCCUCCGCCUCCGCCUCCGCCUCCGCCUCCGCCUCCGCCUCCGCCUCCGCGCUCGCCAAACAGGGACCCGCUCCAACACCGCCAUUUGUUGAGCCCACCAGCCCAAGUGCGCGGAGGGCUUGGGAGCUUCCACCUCACAGCACCGUGGUGAAGGUGUGGAAGCACCACCUCUGUUGCGGCUCCGGCGGUCAGGAAGCGGCAGGAGGCGUGACCAGCUCAGGCGACGCUAGUGGUGGGGCAACAGUGGCGAACGGCGGCAGGGGUGACAGCGCUACCAGCGGUAGCGGUGCACCUAGUGGAGCUGGUGGUGGUGGCAGUGACGACAAUGAAAGCUGGUUUGAGGGCACCAUCGUGCGGAGGCCUUCUGCUGUGCCGAAUGGCGCCUGGCACACACGGCUGGAGCAGCUGGCGGCGGGCUGACACCGGCAGAAGUGAGGAAUCACAACGCCAUACGGUAGUGCACAUGUUUGUUGGAGCCCGAAUGUGGAAGUCCGAGAGUGGAUCACGGCGUGCAAGAUCGUUAGCGGUGGGGAGGCAAGCAGGAGGCGUUGCGUGGUGAGACUGCCACAUUGUGACAUUGUCACACAUUGCAGCCAGAAUACCGUUUUUAAGUGGUUGAGAACUGAUCACGAUAGGUUGAUGCAGAGCAAAGAACCACGCGUACGCGAGGUGAGACACGGACCAGGUACUUGCACAAUGGGUACAGUUGCUGCAUGUACAGCAUCCUGACAAUGGGGACUGUCUUAUGAUUCCCCAUACCGUACU